UCCAUUUUUAGGAAAAUAAAGUAACACAUUUCAACAACAUAAUCAAUUUCUUUUACCAUUUCCAAGUAACCGGGUGGCUUAACUUAACCUUAGGCUCAAUUUACCCCACUCUCCCAUACAUUUAGAAUAAAUAUUAAAUUAUCUCAAAAAUGUACUGACACCAUAUUAGAGUUAACUUAAAUAAGGCCACAGCUAAGUAAGGUAAUUUGAUUAUUUGCAGUCAGCCGGGUUAAUUUAGUAAACAUAGCAAACACUUGUCAGAUAGCUAGCAGCGCUGAAUUGUCACCUAUGGCAACCACGCCCCUUCGUUACUUCCGCAUUGCCUUCAUUCUCAGCAGCGCUAUAGUAGGUUGCUGUCUGGUCAAUGAUCGGACUACGUCGAUAAUGAACGAAGUCCGACUCGGGAGCAUCAUCGGAAAACAUGGCGGCCAAGGCGCUUCGGCAGCGGACCAGACGAGGCAGCAGACAAGAUGGAAACAACGUGAGCGUCCCCAGCGAAGCCCGGCCAUCAAAGGAGGAGAAAGCCGUCGAUGACAGUAAAACUACAGAGGCUCGGCAAGAGUGAGUAUGAGCCGGGAGAAGAGACGGGAGUCCUCCCGGGUCUUUGAGCUUCAUCCCCGGUCUGACUGUCAGUCUGAGCACGGGGGGGAGCUAGCAAGCUACAAGCUACUUUGGUACAAGGAGGAAGUUUUAACUAUAACAGCAUAACACCGAUGGAUAAAGUCCUCCAAACAAGUCAGGAGACUUAUUUUUUCCAGUAGUUUAAAAUAAUCUGUCUGUUGAAUUUCUAGAAACUCACUUUAUUGUUUAACUAAGCAGCGUCACAGUGAGGCUCCCUGGUCAGCUUCAUUCAUUCUCCUCAGCUGAACCUGUGCCAGAUAUAUAUACAUAUGAGAUCACACCAGUGUAGGGGCUAUGGCAAGCGGAUCAUCACAUGCUCAGCUACACAUAAAGGGUUGUUACAUAUCAGAGAUUACUGUCUUUGACUUAUUGCUCUAGUUAUUUAUAAUUACUGGAUUGUAGCCACAUCCAUCGGUGACGUGUCAUAACAACCGUAAGGUGAGGAUUAAUGUUAAGCUACAGCUGAGCCUCUAAUCUAACUAAUCCUAAUGAUGGGUGUGACCAGGAGGAACCUGGGCCAGAAACUAUCACUCUAACUAGUAACACUAAUGAAGUGGUAAUCAAAUACAGUCUGAGUGAGAACACAGCUGUCCUCCUCAUCUGAGAGGUUGCAAUAAUGGGCACUGACAGCAUUUUUUUAAUAAUAUAGUGGGGGAAAAAUGGAUGGUUAGGGGAGAGUGGGGUAAGAUGAGCCAUUUUUCCUAUUUCGGAUCUCUACAUCAAGGCAAUCAUAGUUUUGUCUCUAACUCGUGUAUCUGCAUAUAUUUCAAGAUGUUGUGCAUCCCUGCAAACCAACAGAAUGAGUGUAAACAUAACUGUCCUGAUAAUAUAGCAUGCCAAAAAAAGUGGUCUCUUAUGGUCAACUUACCACGUGUAUGGGGUAAGUUUAGCCGUAUCGCUACUACCCCCCCUCUAUUGAACUCAUGACAAAUGAAAAAGCAAUAUCCUUAAGGGUCAUACUUAUUAGACUCUUAAUUUAGGCUAUUACCUGUUCAUGAUGCUGAAAGUGGACAUGGUGUGUUGUGAAAUAACAGAUAUAUUUUGAUGAGAAGUUAAAUUGUGGUAACUAGAUCAUAUAUUAAUGAGGUGUGUGGUAUUUGUUCAUCUCUGUCAUUUUUGGACAGGUCAGUAAGUCGUGGAGGGCAGGUAUGGGCUCCAGAAGGUUCAACUGCAUUUAAGUGCCUGCUUUCUGCACGUUUCUGUGCAGCUUUGCUCAGUAACAUCUCAGACUGCGAUGAGACUUUCAACUACUGGGAGCCUGUGAGUUUAAUCGCUACUGUCAGAAAUCCUAAAAUAGUGUCAUUUUUCAGCUUUUUCUUCUUUUACAAUUGUUGUCGUGACCUCUCUUGACAGAUGCAUUACCUGCUGUAUGGCACAGGAAUGCAAACAUGGGAAUAUUCUCCAUUGUACGCAAUCAGGUCAUACGCCUACUUAUGGUUACAUGCUCUUCCUGCUUGUCUUCAUGCCCAUGUUUUGCAGACAAAUAAGGUAUCUAUUCAAAGCAAACUUUCUUUUAAAUAUGUAAUUGAUGUGAAAAUGCAGUUUACCUUUAGCAUAACCAACAGCUUGUGUCAACCAAUCACUUUUCUGUCACUGAUUAAAAGGUAUUUCCAUUAAAACUGAAGGAGAGCAAUAUCCUGUUGUGUCUUUGUAGUGAAUUUCUGACUUGUGUUUUUGUUAUGUUGCAGGUGUUGGUGUUUUACUUUGUCCGCUGUGUCUUAGCAUUCUCCUGCUGUGUAUGUGAACUCUAUUUCUACAAGUGAGUUGAUAUAUUUCCCUUUUAAAUGCAUGUAGGCAUCCCAAAUGCUUUGAGAUGAUUGUUAAGACUCCCUCUAACCAUAUAUCCAUUGUAGAUAUGAAAAAGAAUUAAUUCUUUGCUCUUCUUUAUGUGACACAGGGCAGUGUGUAAGAAGUUUGGUUUGCAUGUGGGUCGUCUGAUGUUGGCAUUUCUCGUCCUGAGCACAGGGAUGUUCUGUUCGUCUGCAGGUUGGUUAGGAUUACAUGCUCACCCAAGCUGUCAAACUUUUCUUUUAAAUUAAUUUGGAUAGGAUUCAGCCUGAUUUGCCAUUUCCUAUCACACUUCUACUUAACUUACAGCCUCUUUGUUGGUGGUGCCAAAUCUGGUCGCUAAUAAAACCUAGAUCAGAAACGCAGUGUGGAAAAUACCCAAGACACAUUUGAGAAAGAGCUCUUUGUGCCAUUGCUAAAUAGUGUGUUUUAUGGUGCUGGGAUGAGUGAGGUUUUUUCAGUGUGUGAUGAUUGUGAUUAAUCAUUUUUCAUGAGCAGUCCACUUAUUUUCUCCUCCCAGCCUUCCUGCCAUCCUCUUUCUGCAUGUACACAACACUGGUCGCCAUGACGGGAUGGUUUCAGGACUCAACGCCAUUAGCUAUCAUGGGUGUAGCUGCCGGAGCCAUUGUUGGAUGGCCGUUCUCUGCUCUGAUUGGGUAGGAUUCACAAGUAGAAAGCCUGUUUGUAAAAAAAAAAAAACAUGUUUCCUAUACAAGACUUAUUCAAAUGCAUUCUUCUUUACUUUCUCUGUAGGGUCCCAAUUGCCUUUGACCUGUUAGUGUUAAAGAAGCAGUGGAAAAGUUUUAUCAUUUGGUCGGCUGUUGCUUUGCUUCUACUGCUGGUAAGAAUAUUUUUGAAAACAAAAUGCAUUGACUUUUGCAUAUUGCUGGACAAAGGUGCAUGUGAGAUUGUUUACAGUGACACAGCUGCUUUUUGUGUCGAGAUGUGAAAGAGUUAAUCAUAAAUGUAGUUGCAUAACACGACACUGUAUUUGUUCAGUAUCUUUUUCAUUUGUCAUAUUAAAUGAUGUGAUAAGAGACCUUGUCACACUGAAUAUUUGUUUGUUAAUCUUCAUGAUUGUAUAAGAGGAUGUUUAUGGUAGCUAUGAAUAAUUUUUUUAACCCUUGUCUUUCCCAGGUACCCCUGGUAGCAGUGGAUUCUUUCUUUUAUGGAAAAAUGGUCAUUGCUCCACUCAAUAUUCUGCUGUAUAAUGUCUUCACACCACAUGGACCUGAUUUAUAUGGUACGUUUUAAGUUAUUAUGCUGGGAAAUAUUACCAAUACACACAGACCUCUGUGAUUUCUUCUCAACAGUGUUAUAUAUUUUUUUACACUAAAAACCAUACGCAUUUAUGAAAUGUUGUAUAUUUUUACUCUUAAACAUACCAUUAACUUUUUUUGCUUUGAUUCACCUCUUUUUAGGAUAGUUAGAGUAUACAUUACCAACAGUGAUUAUGCUGGUGUAGAGUAUGUACUAAAGAGUUUUGGGUUUUUUUGGCGAUGAAGCGAUUGGGAGUUAAGUAGAAAAAUAUGAUAAAUUCAAAGCUGCACUGUUUUUAUCAGCCUCUAGGAGGCAUACUACCAUUAUCAACACAGUAUUUGUGAACUUUAACAUUAAACACUCAACCAUCAUGGCUCAAAUCUUAUUCAGAAUGACAAAUUGUGAACUACCCCUGCUGCGUCUUUCCUUCUCGUAUAACUCUUGUACCAUACUGUAAAAGAUUUUGUUGUCAUGGCUACAAUCAUGCAUUUCCUGUAAGAGUUGACAUGUUUUGUGUUGUGGAAUUUUUUAGGUACAGAACCGUGGCAUUUCUACUUUGUAAAUGGGUUCCUGAACUUCAACGUGGUGUUUGCUCUGGCACUGUUUUCCCUGCCACUCACUGCUCUCAUGGAGACUCUGUUACACAGGUUCAACGGUGAGGACUGUGCACUUUCAAAGUUUCGUACACUUAGGUGAUACAAUGUUGUACCAGGAGUGUCCUUCUCCAUUUAAGUGUUAACUGAAAGUAAAAGGUGGCAAAACUAUUCAAAACGUAGUCACACAUCAGAGAGCUCAUUUUGCUGUAAUGCAGAUUUUAAAGCAGUUCAACUUGUCAUUUUCAUUUUCAUUUUCUUGAAGACUCCAAAAUCAGGCAACUGGAUUUUGGAAUCUCUGCCUGAUUUUGGAGUCUUCAAGAAAACCACGACCUGGAUGAAUGAGAAUCUACAUGGACAUAUUGUCAUUUUCAUGUUCUUAUGUACUCAUAAUUUUGCAGUGCAGAACCUGGGCCGUCCAUACUGGCUGACUCUGUCUCCCAUGUAUAUCUGGAUGUUGGUUUUCUUCACCAGACCCCAUAAAGAGGAGCGUUUUCUCUUUCCAAUCUACCCUCUUAUCUGCCUUUGUGGAGCAGUAGCCCUCUCCUCACUGCAGGUAUGUUUUGCUUUUAUCCAAUUUGGGAAGUAGACUGUUGCAUUUGACAAAAUAUUAAUCCUGAGUGUUUCUUCCUGUGCUUUUUUAUUGCGCAGAAAUGCUACCACUUCCUGUUUCAGCGCUACCGACUAGAGCACUACACCAUCUCCUCGAAUUGGUUGGCCUUGAGUGCAGUUGUGGUGUUCUCAGUGUUGUCAUUGUCUCGCUCAGUCGCCCUCUUCAGAGGUCUGUGUCACUGCAGACGAUAUUUUUGUUCAGCUUCUUUGUCAGGCAACAAAAGAAACAGUCGGAUGAAAUGAGAUUUUUUUUUGUCUGCACAGGUUACCAUGCCCCUCUGGAUCUGUACCCAGAGUUCCAUCGUAUUGCCAAGGACCCGACUCUCCAUGGCGUCCCUGAGGGCAGACCUGUUAGUGUGUGUGUGGGCAAAGAGUGGUACCGCUUUCCAAGCAGCUUUCUUUUACCACACAAGUCAGUAUCCAAGAUGUGUAACAGCUCCACUAUGAACAAUAAUAUGUUGAUCAGUCAGCUGUGAUACCCACUGACAAUUUCGCCUGAUAUUUUCCAGCUGGCAGCUGCAAUUCAUUCAGUCUGAUUUUAAAGGGCAACUGCCUCAACCAUAUGCGCCUGGCCCUCAGGCCACACAGAUCAUCCCGGCUAAUAUGAAUGACCAAAACCUGGAGGAGCCAACCAGAUAUGUGAGUCGCUUUGACACAUGAAUAUUUGACAUGUGGAUCCUGUAGUUUAUUGUAGUAUUUUGAUUUACAUAUUUCCACUUCGGGUAGGUGGAUUUACGGCAGUGCCACUAUCUAGUAGACCUAGACAUAGAAGAGGAGACGCCCCUGGAGCCAAACUAUUCAGCCAACAAAGAAGAGUGGAACAUCAUCGCCUAUAAGCCUUUCAUUCAAGCAUCAAGGUACUUUCCAUAAUAAUUUACUAGAGUGCAUGAAAAUAGAAAAGUUGUUUUACUUGAGCAAAAUUUAAUGAAUAACUGCAUUUAAAGCUGCUAUGAGGAACUUUUCACCCCUCAUAAACAAAUACCUUUAAUCUUUAGUCCUGUAAACAUGAAUUCAAUCUUUUUAGACAAAUACCUCCUUCCUUUGUCUUUUUAAAAGUAAAAUGCGCCACUCACUGUAUUUUCAAGUAGACAAGAAGUUUUGAAAAAGUAGUUUCUUGGGGUUUCUGUCAAUCAUUUUUGACAGAAUCGUCUCAUUUGCUUUUAAAGGUCAUAGAAAAGCAUCUUUACUAGUUUUAUCCUGUUUUUCAACUCCUCAAAGUGCCUUUGAAAACUUAAAGAAUCUCAUGCAGCUACUUAAAGCUAUUUCUCUCUCACAGGUCGUCUCGUCUUUUCAGAGCGUUCUACAUCCCGUUUUUAUCAGACCAUCACACAACCUACAGGCGCUAUGUUAUCCUAAAACCACGGCGGCAUAAGCAGCCUCGUAAAAGGACCCAUGGCUGAUCUUUGAACCUCAAAGCGGCCCAAAGUGCAACAUGAGUCAAUCACUUCCUUUCAAAGCAGCUGGUAUACAUGUUCGUGUCUUUGUGUGUCUGAUUGUCGAACGUGUGUGCAUGUAUGUGCUGUAAUGUUUGAUGAAACAUUUGAAGAUUUAAGACCCUUUAAGGACUUUACGUCUGCCUCUGGACUUUUGUGUGUGUGCGUGUGUAUGUGUGUGAAGAUUCCAUUGUAUGGAUGUCGGCUGGCCUGGCAGGUAUCAGCUAGUCGUGUAUGUUAAACAUUUGUGUGAGUGUGAAUGUUGAGUUUUUCUGUGUAUAAAAAAAAACGUCUGGAUGCACACUACAAGAUUUUACUUGCUUUUUAUCGGAGGAUAGGCCGUUACACAUAAACAUAACUGGUUUUUCAUACUAACAUGAAAACGUAGUCUGAACUUAAAACAAUAUGAAUCAUGACAUCUUGUAGUGUUGUUUGCACUUGCACAGUAUUUUUUGUGUGAUCUGUUGGGUGUGAGUGAUCGGAGAAUGAAAGUGAGGUUGUGUAGUUAAUUUAAUUUGAAAUGUUAAUAAACAUGAUUUAAUGUUUAAGUAGCUUUCCUGUUUUUGUUCAAUUUGGACUGAAACAUCUUAGUCACAAACUGAUUCACUCAUUUUAAAAUCUUUUUUUAUUUGAAGAUUUUCCUCAUGUAACAAACAUACAAACCACUCUCACUUACAGGAGAGCUUUCAAGGCAUAAGACAUUCAGAAUAAACGAUAAUUUAUAACUUCAUCAUUCCUUUCAAUAACAUGCCAAUGCUGUGGUCAGGCUGCAGGCACUCAAGUUUGAACCACCUUUCCACUCAUUGUUUUAGACAUCUUUGACUCAUUCAACAGCAAACAGUAUAGCAUCACUGGAUAAGGUAAGAUAAUACUUGUAUUUCAGAAACUUCAUCAGAGUUCUGGACAUUUCAUUAUAUAAAGCCAUAUCAAAAAACACAUACUUGCAGCACUUACAAAUAUCCAUCCGUCGUACACACAGUCAGGGUUUGUGUUUUAAUCUGUUUGAGGUAGCCUGUUUUUAUCAGGUCAACUUUGGUGGAAUAGUUAAACAGUCUUAGGCACAGUUACCACAAAUUUAGAUAGUUAUCCAAUCAAGCAAGGGCAGCACAAUAAGGCCAUGCAAACCAGUUGUUUACACACACUGCCACACACGUGCACAUAACUGUAUGGUCAAUGUUACUCUUAAAACACUCUUCAUCAUGCUUUUACUGCAGAAGUAAUAUUGUAUGGCUUCUGUACAUUGUAAUAACUGCUGUCCAUGAAGGAAAAAGUAAGAGCAUUACAAAAGUCAUCUGGCCAACCUUAUUGUGUUUAGCUGAAAGCCUUGAACUGGUUUCCGAGGGGCCUGUUUACAAAGCUUGUUUAUCAGCUCUCUCUGAAGCCGUCCAGUAAUUCAACAAAAGGAUUUUUAAUACAAUGUUAAAGCACACAAUGACAUGAUGCAUAUCAAAAAUGAUCCUUUUAAAAAAGUCACACAGAGGGCUCAAGCUAAGAGUUUCUCAUGGACUAGGUCUAAUUCUAGAUGUGGAUCAAAUGUCGUAUUUAGACCAGGUUUCUCCAAGAACUCUGCUGCUAUAGCUAAAAUUAUCACAUAUUCACACAUAUAAAUGAUGCGUUUCAAUUCGGAUAUAUUUGGGGAUCAAAUAAAUGUGUCAAAGGGCAUUACAGUCACACAAAAAGUGACAGGACAGCCCAUAGAUUAAUUUGAUCCUACAUAAUAGUCCACUCAUGAUGUCCAAUAUUUUAGAUUUUUGUAUGAAAAAUUGAACAUGUUGAAGUUAAGUCUGCAAUGAUUUUGUCAAUCGCUGGAAAGUCACUAUGUAGGUGUCCUAACAAUUAUUUCCAUUUUUUCACUCUUAAAGUAACAAUUUUUGAAUUCCAUUUUCUGUAGUAUUAUUUAAGAUAGACACCCAAAAACUAUUGGGCACAUGAGCUAAGUCAACCCAAAGGCCAACUGGUUGAAUAGUUUGCCCUGAUUUUUAACUCCUGAUUUUAUUCUCCUGAAAGGUUUCAGAGUCACAGCAAACAUACAGCUAGAGCCAACAACGAGCAAAGAUGUUUGCCAUUCUCUUAUCUGCAGGCACACUCAGGCUUCUAUACACACUAUACAGUAGAUGUUUAAGGAUCAGUAGUUUUCUCUACUAUUGAUCCAGUCUUGUUCAUUGAAGUAUCUCCUUCCACCAUCCAGAUUUAAACCAUUUCUGUAGCAAUCCAGAUUAGUUUGGUAGGAUUUUCUGUUUCCAUAAGUCCCAAGGCUGGUUAGGUAGGUGUCCUCUUUGCCGUUGGAGAUGUAAGUCUGAUAGAGAUCAGCCUUUACUGUGUGACUCCCAGGCCUCAGUUUAGAGUCAUACAGGUCACUCCCUCCUCUGAUGCUGCCGUCGUACAGCCCGUGGUCUCCAUAGACACUGCUACUGUAGUGCUCACUCUUUGUGGUACGACGACCCAAACUCCUGUCAUAAAACUCUCUCUGCCCAGUGUAGCCUAGACCACUGUCCUUCAGGUCCCUCUUUCCAGAGCGGCCCAGGCUAGUGUCGUAAAAGUCCCGGGUCCCUCGACGCCCCAGGCUGAGAUCAUUGAGUUCAAAGUUAAGGAAGCAGCUCUCUGUGCUAGCGAGUGUCACAAAGCCGCUCUCUGUGUCCCGGCCCCCAAGGUUGUCGUAGUCACCUGUAGGAGUGUCAGGUGAGGAGCAAAGAAAGGAAGUGUUUUUGGUUUGCGGACGAGCACCAACCAGAUCAUCAUCCUUCUGGGAGCGAAUCACAUUGUAGACAUCAGCUGGCGCCGUGCUGUGUUCGAGGCCUAGUUCUGUCUGACACACUUCAGAUUUCUGUUGUUUUCUCCCCCUGUAAACAACAAAGACACCUCAAACAGUUUACAUACAGACUCCUGCGCUUCACCAUGAUGCCAAUAAAGACUUAAGGGUGCUGCAGAUUCAAGAGGUCCUCUGAAGUGGCGAGCUGUACUUGUGUCUACUUGUUCAUGUCCUAAAGCGCAAUUUCUAUCCAAUAAACUAUCAAAACACAAUAACUAUCCAUACUAUUGCACUUUGUGACAAUUUUCUUAAUUCAAAAAAUAGGUAAUGUAGUUAUUUUUAAACAUGUGCUACCUCUAUUGUCCAGAUUUCAUGCUUAGGCUACCUGCAUGUUUUAAUACACAGCCAAAAAUAGUCUCUUAACAGCUACAGAGCCCAACAUACUCAGGAAAUUUAGAAGUCUUUUAAAGAAGUAACCCAAUGCAUUUUUGAGCUUGGACGCCAUUAGCAUUUUUGGUUUUGGUUUAAAAAAAGACAAUAAUAUAUAUAAAUAGGCAUUAGAUUUUGUUACUAAAACAAACACUUUAAUGAUUAUUGAAAACCAUCAGUAAAACAACUGUAUGUCUGUAGUGUUUAGUAUCUGCAUGUGUUUUGGAUCCUCACCGACUCGCGAGCACUUUGAAGCAGCAAACUCCAGUCACCGUCAGUAAAAGCAGUAACAGGGGAAUGGUAGGAAUGAUGAUGUAAACCAAAUUCACAGCUAACAAAGACAAAUAGACAGAGGAAUACAUGUUCAAUGAAUGAUGUGUGAGCUUUCAGAUAUGACAGCGUCAUUUUUCUUUUGAUCAGAAACAGGUUUAUGAACAGGUAUCUGGAGUCACCUCACCUGUGCUUCCACCCUCCUUGUUGUUAUUGGGAUUCCAUGGGAGUACAGAUGAAGGGAAGACAUCUAAAAGAAAAGCAAGCUGUAUGAUGACCAUCCUUACUUUCAAAGCACCUUCAAUGUCUUCAAAGUACAAUACUGAAAAUUAAUCACAAUCCAAGAUGAGCAUAUUUUACUUGUUAGAGUGGCGUUGGGAGAAGGCGAAGGGAUCUGUGGCCUUUCUGUAGAGAGUAUAACUCACAAUCAAUAAUUUUCUGGUAUCUUUGAAUAAAAAAAGGUUGAAACCUUGAGCCAGCAGUACCUCCAGUGUAUUUGCAGAUAAAGUUGUUUUUAGUUUCACAAUUGUCAUCGUUCCACUGAAACAUGUAGAGGCCUCCUAGACCAGGGGGAGCGGACGGCUGGUGGUACAUCACCACACACACCUCGUAGCCGCAUGAUGGCUCAUCCCAGUGCCAGUUUCUAGGAAAAACACAUUAGGCAUGAACAGCUAGCUUGACAAAGCAAGCAUUUCUGAAGCAUUUAAAAAAAAAUAACAAACAGUGCAAGUAGGUAAUAAUUAAACUUGAAAAUUUUUUGGUAUUAUUGCAAAUUCUACUGUUUCAAACUAUAGCAAGUGUGGAAGCUGGCAGUGACGGUUUGUUAAGAUUUUAAAUCUUGUUAUAAAAUCCCUAACUGUAUUUUGA